AUGGACCCAGUUUACGAAACUGAGGAUGAAUGUUGGAGAAAGGCUCAGAAGUACCUAAGGUGUGGAAGUACGGAGCACCAGAUAGUCAACUGCCUGUUGAUUAGUGAUACCCAGUCGACUGCCAGGUCAAACCCAAAACCGACCAAUGCUGGAGGGGCUAGAUCGAGGGUUCCGGCCAGAGUAUAUUCACUGGACCAACAAUCCGUGCCUGAACCAACGGAGGUGGUAGAAUGUACGAUCCCUGUUUUUCACCGGUUAGCCAAAAUUUUGAUAGACCCCGGUGCUACUCACUCUUUUGUUAAUCCUGCAUUUAUUCUUGGAAUUAAUUUGAAAGUUGAAAAGUUACCUUAUAACUUAGAGGUAAGAACACCUACGGAUUGUAGGAUGAAAAUGGUCGAAUUUUGUAUACCGGGGGAGGCAACUCUAAAGCUUGAUGUGAGGGGUAUGAUAGUCUCUUCUGCACUUAUUUCGGGUAUAAGGGCUAGGAAAUUGCUUAGUCGUGGGGCUCGUGGUUACCUAGCUUUUCUAAUUAACACUCCGGGAGAGAAGACUAAGUUGGAAGACAUUCCAGUAAUCAGUGAAUUCCCGGACGUAUUUUCGGAGGAGUUGGAGUCUCUGCCGCCCGAAAGGGAGAUUGAAUUUAAGAUUGACUUAGUACCCGGAACCACUCCUAUUUCGAAAACUCCUUAUCGUAUGGCACCUGCUGAGCUUAAGGAGUUGAAGGUGCAAUUGCAGGAUUUGCUAGAACGAGGGUUUAUUCAUGAGAGCGAGUCUCCGUGGGGAGCUUCAGUGCUAUUUGUUAAGAAGAAGGACGGGAGUUUAAGGUUGUGCAUUGACUAG